GAUACGCGAGCAGCGCCGGCGCCGCCUCCGCCUCCUGCCUGUGCUCCUCCGAAUUCUCGGAAGAUUUCUCUCGAUUUACGCCGAUUUCUCCGCCCGCUCCCCGGAUGGGCGAAUCGUGCGCGCUCCAGUCCAUCGUCUACCACCGCGGAUCGCUCCGCCUCCUCGAUCAAAGGAAGCUCCCCCUCGAGGUGGCCUACAUCGACGUGAAGUGCUCAACUGAUGGAUGGAAUGCGAUUAGAGAUAUGGUUGUCCGUGGUGCUCCUGCGAUUGCCAUAGCAGCAGCAUUGGCACUAGCUGUAGAAGUUUCUGGGUUGGAUUUCACCGGUACACCUGCAGAGGCAGCUUCUUUUGUUUCGGAAAAGCUGGAGUACCUUGUGUCGAGCCGACCAACUGCGGUGAACCUUUCUGAUGCUGCAACAAAGCUUCAGAGUUUAGUUUCAAGGACAGCAGAAACGGAGAAAGAUGCCAAAGCUAUUUUUCAGGCCUAUAUUGAUGCAGCAGAGACCAUGCUAGUUGACGAUGUGGCAGAUAAUAAGGCAAUUGGCUCUUAUGGAGCUGAAUUUCUCAAACAGAAACUUGGGAACUCUAAACAUAUAUCUGUUCUAACCCAUUGUAACACUGGCAGUCUUGCAACUGCUGGUUAUGGAACUGCCUUGGGGGUUAUUCGUGCUCUUCACUCUGGAGGAAUUCUGGAGAAGGCCUUUUGCACUGAAACUCGUCCAUUCAAUCAGGGUUCCAGGCUUACAGCUUUCGAGUUAGUUCAUGAGAAAAUACCUGCAACGCUGAUAGCCGAUUCUGCUGCAGCUGCACUGAUGAAAAAUGGGCGUGUUCAAGCUGUAAUUGUUGGUGCCGACCGUAUCGCUGCCAAUGGUGAUACCGCCAAUAAGAUUGGCACAUACAACCUUGCAAUUUCUGCGAAGCAUCACGGCGUGCAGUUUUAUGUGGCAGCGCCAGUAACUUCGAUUGAUCUAUCGCUCCCAUCUGGGGACGAAAUUGUGAUAGAAGAAAGGUCUCCCAAAGAGUUGCUGAACACUGAAGGUGGCCUAGGUAAGCAAGUGGCUGCGUCAGGUAUAUCAGUGUGGAACCCUGCCUUCGAUGUUACUCCAGCAAAUCUGAUUACUGCAAUCAUAACAGAAAAGGGUUUAGUCACAAAGUCUGAUGCUGAUGAGACUUUCAACAUCAAAGAUUUCAUGCAGUCUGCAAAAUAGUAGUGGGACACCUCUCUAGGGGCGUAAAUAAGGUGAAGCAUCGUUUUCUUACUAUUGAAGGCCCAUGUUGUGCUAUCAAUAAGAUUGCUUCUAGUGAAGCAGAAAGAUAGGUCUUUUUGCACCACAAAUUUUCUGUACUAUGAAGAUGUAAUCAUUUACCUUGUGAGACGGACAUGAUUCUUGAGAAAUCCAUGUUAUCAAAGAACUCGGUUUUUGCCAUAUUCC